AUGCGAAUACAAUCUAGCAGAGCUUCACUGCUCCUCUCCGCUUUCUUCUCAGGACUUGGACUCGUCUCAGCUGACGCUUUUAAAUGCGAUCAAAUCAAGGCUGCAGACCAUACGUUUGAUCUUAGCGGGUUAAAGGGCGCUCAUGAGGUAUCUUACACAUCUGAAAAUCAGACGGAUAACUAUGUCGUCUCUACGACGUAUGUUAUGAAUAUCUGUGAUGUUCUUCAUAGCGCUGCGAAUCGCGAUGGCGAAAAAUGCGGAACAGAUAAGAAUAUCUGUGGCUUCCCCAAAACACACGCAAAAGACGACCACGGCAACGAAACAUUCGCAUACCCCGUCGCCGACCUAGUAGGCGAAGGCGAGAAAGCACCCCUCGCUACACCCCUAAAAGAAAUCGACGAGAAGAAAGAAGGUCUCCGAUUGAAGAUGUUCGGUGGAGAGUACCGCGCUCAUGUGGAGGGGGAAACGAAGCCCGCCGCAGCGAUUAUUGAUUUUCAAUGUGAUCCGGAUCGAUCGGGGUUGGAAGGGAUCGUUAGCACGGAGGAUAUUCUAGAGAAAGGGGAUGCGAAGGAGAAGGACAAUGCGAAUGCUAAACGGGCGGAGGAUAAGUCGGAGUCUGAGAAGGAUCCCAGUUUAAAGAUUGUGAGCUUUGGACCUGAUAAGGACAAUACUUAUAUUCUGAAAUUGGAUUGGAAGACCCGGUAUGCGUGUUAUGAUUACAAGGGUGGGAAUGCGGGGAAUACGGAUCCCUCGAAGCAUUGGGGUUUCUUUACUUGGAUGAUUAUUAUUCUCUUCCUUGCUAUUGCUGCGUACCUUAUCUUCGGCUCGUGGCUUAACUACAACCGGUUUGGUGCGAGAGGAUGGGAUCUUCUGCCUCACGGAGAUACUCUUCGUGAUGUUCCGUAUAUCUUCCAGGAUUGGUUCCGUCGUGUGGUUAAUACACUACAAGGAGGCGGGUCUAGGGGCGGAUACAGUGCUGUAUGA